UCUGAAGAAGGAAAUCUUCUUUCUGCAGGAAUGAGGAAGAACAUUCCAGUAACUCCCAGUUCAGGAGUUUUACUGGAAACAUCCUGCAGUCGAACUUCAGCAGAGGAGCAGAAACGACCUGGAGGAGAAUUUAUUUCACUAAACUGAAGUUUUAAUACGACUGACAGGAGUUUUAACUUCACUUUAGUCCUGAGACUGAAGUCAAACAUCAACUGGAAGCUGAGGUUCUGGUCCUGGUUCUGGUUCUGAUCCAGGUUCUCGUUCUGAUCCUGGUUCUGAUCCUGGUCCAGGUUCUGGUCCAGGUUCUGGUUCUGGUCCAUCAUGGCUGCUGCAGAACCAGAUCUGCAGCCUGUGAAACGAAGAAACAGCCUGGAACUGAUUCCUCCUUCCAUGUCUGAACUCAGACUGGUUCUACUGGGAGGAAACUGGUCUGAGAGGAGUUCAGUGGGGAACUUCAUACUGGGAUGGGAUGGAUUCACUGGAUCAUCAAAAACCUUUCAGAAGAUUUCAGUUCCACUGGAAGAGAAUCAAAUAUCUGUGAUCAACAGUCCAGAUGUUUGUUUCUCCACAGCAGAAAAACUGACAGAGUUUAUUAGAAAAUGUGCUGAAGUCUCUGAUCCUGGACCUCAUGCCUUCCUGUUGGUUCUUCAUCCUCAAAGUUUCACUGAAGGAGAGAAAGAAAAGAUCUACAGAAUCCUUCAAUCCUUCAGUGAUCGAUCAUUUGAUCAUUCAUUGGUUCUGAUCCUGAAGCCCGGAUUUAUGUCACGCUUCCUUUCACAACCUUCUAUAAAGGAAGGUCCAAUUAAUGAUCUGAUCAGAAAAUGUAGAUACAGAUAUUUAAAGAUGGAGGAAACUGAACGUGAGCAGCUGCUGAUUCGCUUUGGUCAAAUUGCAAGAGAAAACAAUGAAAACCAUUUGAGGUAUGAAGAGUUUGAAGAAGCAACAACAACUUUACCGUCAGAUCGUCAGACUCAGGAACGACCAGCAUCCAGACCUGCUGCCGUUAAUCCCAGAUCCAGAUUAGAUCAGACUCUUCCUCCUUUAAACCUGGUUCUGUUUGGUCCAAAUGGAUCCCUGAAGGCGUCAGCAGCCAAGGUCAUUCUAGGUCACCAGGAUCUUCCUUCAGAGUGUGUCAGGAAGCAGGGAGAGGUGUUUGGACGUGGGGUUUCUCUGCUGCAGCUGCCUGCCUUGGAUGGAAAAGCUCAGCAGGAAGUGAUGGAGGAAUCCUUCAGGUGUGUCUCCCUCUGUGAUCCUGAGGGUGUCCACGCCUUCAUCCUGGUCCUACCUGUGGGUCCCCUCACUGAUGAAGACAAGGGAGAGUUACACACCAUCCAGGACACAUUCAGCUCUAGAGUCCAUGACUUCACCAUCAUCCUCUUCACCACAGAGACUGAUGCUGCACAUAAAGAUGUUGAUAACUUUAUAAAGGAGAGCAGAGACAUCCAGGAUCUCCUCCAGAUCUGUGGAGGAAGAUAUUUUGUUCUGGACAUCAGAGACAGACGGCAGGUCAGAGAACUGAUGGAGAUGCUGGAGAAAAAUGUUUCUGACAGAGAGAGUCAGUCAUCUUAUACAACUAAAACAUUAUUAUGGGGCCAAAUGGAGGAAAAACUGCAGCUGCAGAAUAAACUGAAGAAGUUUGAGUCAAAGUCUGUGGCUCCAGACCCUCCGCUGAUCCCAGCAGCAGAUUGUCUCCGGAUCGUUCUGAUCGGGAAAACUGGCGGCGGGAAAAGUUCAUCAGGAAACACCAUCCUGGGCAGGAAACAGUUUGAAGCCAAAGCGUCUCAGCAGUCGGUGACUAGAAACUGUCAGAAAGCCCAGACUGUGAUCGCAGGUCGGCGGGUCGUUGUGGUCGACACUCCUGGUCUGUUUGACAACACGCUGACCGCCGAGCAGGUGGACGAGGAGCUGCUGAAGUGCAUCAGCCUGCUGGCCCCGGGGCCACACGUCUUCCUGCUGGUGCUGCAGGUCGGCAGAUUCACAGAGGAAGAGAAACGGACUUUAAGACAAAUGAAGAAGAUUUUUGGUAAAAACUCUGAAGAUUUCACCCUCAUUCUGUUCACUGGAGGAGAUAAACUGAAAUAUGAGGAUAAAACAAUAGAUCAGUACGUUAGAGAGGGAUGUAAUGAAUCAUUUAAGAAACUGGUCGACGACUGUGGAGGAAGAUAUCAUGUUUUUAAUAAUUAUGAUAUAGAAAACAGAUCACAAGCCAAUGAACUGAUCCAGAAGAUCAAUAAGAUGGUGAAGAAGAACAAAGGAAAAUGUUUCACCAGCGAGAUGCUGCAGGAGGCAGAAGCUGCCAUACAGAGAGAGGUGAAGAGAAUCAUGGAGGAGAAAGAAGAAGAAAUUCAGAAACUGAAGGAGGAACUUCAAAAGAAACACGAAGAAGAAAAAGAAUCACUGAGAAGAAAAAUGGAAGAACAGAGAGAAGAGAUGGAAAAAGAGAGAAAACAGAGAGAAGAACAAUUUAAAGAGAUGGAAGAAAACAACAGGAAGGAGAGAGAGCAGAAAGAGAGAGAACAGAGAGAACGAGAAGAGGAAGAGAAGAAAAGAAAAGAGGAGGAAGAACGACAACAACAACAGUGGGAAAAAGAACGAAGAGAUUUAGAGAAAAAGAUCAAACAGGAAUCAAAAGAAAAGGAAACAAUCGAUAGAAAACUGGAAGAGACGAGAAAACAGAUGGAGGAAAAACGAGACGCCUGGGAGAAAGAAAGAAAAGAGUGGUGGGAAAAACGACACCGAGAAGACGAAGAGAGACGAGAAGAACUGAAGAGACUUCAGGAGAAAUACGAAAAAGAAAGAGAGAAAUAUGAAAACCAGAGGAGAGAAGAUAAAAAGAGGAGGAGAGAACAAGAGAAGGAGAGAAAAGAAUUAGAGGAAAAAUAUCAGAAUCAACUGGAGGAAGUAAAGAGGAAGUUUGAAGACGAAGCCAGAAAACGAGCAGAAGAAUUUAAUGAGUUCAAAGAAAAAUAUAAGAAAGAUUUUUCUGCUCUGCUGCAAAAAACAUGAAGAAGAAACGAGAGAAAAGAAGGAAAAACAGAAAGAAAAGAGAGAAAAACGUAAAGAGUGAAACGACUAAACAGGUCAAAUAUCAAGUUUAUGAUAAAUGAGAUUAAAAUGAAUAAAUCAUAGAAACAAAAAGUAAAAAAUGUC